AUGAGAGACCUUGAAGAGCACCUCAUGCAACACCAUCAUAUGCAUCCAUCAUUUGCAACUGUAUUGAUUGUGCCACCAGACAAGUCAGUGGUACUUUGUUUUUAUCAAACAAGUAUUUGUCUUUUUGAAAGCCACACACAUGUGAGGAAGUGUGAGGAAGAGUCCACGCAUUUUUUGGGGUAAUUGGACUAUUUUGACCGAAAGCCAAAUAAAUAAACAAUUAACUGAGAGUAGUGAGGGAUUUGGGGCGAGUGAGAUAAAUAAGUUCUAUCGAAGUUUUUCCUCCAUUUAGUACCUGAAGCCCAAAAAGGCAAUUGAAAAAAUUGCUACUAAAACUCAGGAAAAAAACAAGCUUAAGCCGGAGUUGAUGAAAACCAAACUAUAACCUGUGAUAAGACACAUGCCUACCUACCAUGUUCAACAGACUUGAAGAGCAAAAUGGCCAAAGAAAGUUGUGAGCCACGACUUGGAAAAUCCACCUCAGCCUCCCUAA